AUGCCCCUCCCGCCCUUAACAUGCCCCUCCCGCCCUUCCCUCAGCCUCGUGCUGCACUGGAAGCUCGACGGGCCGCAAAGCCUAGCCAUGGCGGUCGAGGCGAAGGCGGGGAGCGGUGUAUCGACCAAUAAAGGCUGGUUCGCGAUAGCGUGGAGCAAGACGGGGUACAUGCUCCCUGCCGAUGGUGUUGUGGGUGUUGCGGGAAACGGCCGACCCUCGGCGUACGCGUUAGAAGGCUACAGUCAAACCACAGUUGCGCCCACCUCGAGGUUUAGCCUUGGGAAUGCCGCGCUCGCGUGGGGACCAAGUGGCAUCGUGAUGAGGUUCACGCGGAACGGCACGGACGGGGUGGUUCCAGUGACUUACAGCGGGGCGAAUCAAAUCAUCUGGGCGUUCGGUUCGAGCGGCAGGCCAACCGAUCAUGGCAUGAACAGGGGCGGUAAAGCUGUGGACUUCUCGUGUCUCCCCGCGCCCACCCCCCCUCCUCCUCCCCCCAAGCCAUCCCCCAAACCAUCCCCAAAACCUUCCCCCAAGCCAUCCCCGAAGCCCGCACCCCAGCCUUCCCCCAAGCCCUCCCCCAAGCCGUCCCCUCCGCCAUCUCCUCCCCCGUGCAAGCCCUCUGCGUGCAAGGCAUCGACCCUCCCCGGCUUCACCAGCUCAGUGGACCUCACGGGUAAAGGGUGCGUGUGUGUGGUGGGUGAGGGAGUCGUGGUGGUUGCGACAUUUGACCAUGUGAGCGCAAGCCAUGUGAGUGCAAGCCAUGUGAGUGCAAGCCAUGUGAGUGCAAGCCAUGUGAGUGCAAGCCAUGUGAGUGCAAGCCAUGUGAGUGCAAGCCAUGUGAGUGCAAGCCAUGUGAGUGCAAGCCAUGUGAGUGCAAGCCCUCUGCGUGCAAGGCAUCAACUCUUCACGUCGUCACCAGCUCAGUGGACCUCACGGGUAAAGGGUGAGUGCGGUGGUGGUGGGUGUGUGAUCGUGGGAGAGCGCUUUGUGCUCCACUGGAAGCGCCAGGGGCGGCAGAGUUUGUCUCUAGCGGUGGAGGCGAAGGCCAGAAGUGGGGCCCACAAGGGCUGGUUCGCCCUGGGCUGGUCCAAAACGGGCUUCAUGUCCCCUGCUGACGUGGUGGUUGGGAACCUCGCCACGUCAGCAUCGCCUCCUGCCAAGUCAGCAGCAGCUGUGGCGGCCUAUGGGAUAACCGGCUAUGCUGCGAGUGCCGUGAAACCGUCAAGAAAGUUUGCCAUUGCACCGACUGGGUUCAGCUCGACAGCAAGGGGUGCAAUCAUGAGGUUUGUGCGCAACAGCACUGAUGGGACCGUGCCUGUGAAGUACAAUGGAGUGAACCGCCUCAUCUGGGCCUUCUCCCCUGAUGGCUCCAAGAUUCUCGCCUACCACAACAAGAACUGGUACGUGCUGUUUGAAGCUACACCCCCUCACUCCCCCGCCUCCAACCACUUGCCAUCGCCCCACUCUCCCCCCACUUUCUCCCCUGAUGGCUCCAAGAUUCUCGCCUACCACAACAAGAACUGGUAG